GCAUCACACACUCGACUCUCCUCUCUCGCAUCCGCAGCCUUUCGAGCUCUACUCCACCCCCUCGAUCUCGAAGCGCAGCAGCAGCAGUCAGGCGGCCAUGGACGCGAGCGCAGCCGGAGCCGGCGGGAAGGCGAAGAAGGGCGCGGCCGGGCGCAAGGCCGGCGGGCCGAGGAAGAAGUCGGUGACGAGGUCCGUCAAGGCCGGGCUGCAGUUUCCCGUCGGCCGCAUCGGGCGGUACCUGAAGAAGGGCCGGUACGCGCAGCGCGUCGGCACGGGCGCCCCCGUCUACCUGGCCGCCGUCCUCGAGUACCUGGCCGCCGAGGUGCUGGAGCUGGCCGGCAACGCUGCCAAGGACAACAAGAAGACCCGCAUCAUCCCGCGCCACGUGCUCCUUGCCAUCCGCAACGACGAGGAGCUCGGCAAGCUGCUGUCCGGCGUCACCAUCGCCCACGGCGGCGUCCUCCCCAACAUCAACCCGGUGCUCCUGCCCAAGAAGACCGCUGAGAAGGCGGCGGCCAAGGAGGCCAAGUCGCCCAAGAAGGCCGCCAAGUCCCCCAAGAAGGCAUAGAGGGGCGGGCGCCUUUACCGCUGUGAUGUUGAAUGCUCGUGUUCAGUAGAUCUUUACGUCUGUAGUGUCGUCGUUGUUAUUGGAACUGGUUAGUAGAUCUGUGCAUUGUGGUUGAAACGUGAUUCCCUGAUUUCAGAAAUCUAAUUUGCAAUUUGGGUGCA